AUGGCGCCUGUGGCAGGGUCAAAAAGAAGUAGAGCCAAUAACAAGACCUUUAAAAUAAAAUACAGUGCCCUGAAAGAGCUUGAAAAAAGAACUGCUUCAAAGGAUGUUGCAAAAGCUUUCAAUAUUCCUUCAAGCACAUUGUCGACGUGGAAAAAAAAUCAGGAAAAAAUCUUUAAACAGUUUAACAAAGGGUUAAUCUCUAAGAGAUCAAAACCUGAAAAAUUUGAAGAUGUGAACAAGGCUGUUCAUAAGUGGCUACUUGUGAUGAGAAGCGAAAAUAUUCCGAUAAGUGGAGGGAUUCAGAAGGAGAAAGCUCUUGAGGUCGCAGAAGAACUGGGUGUUGAGUCGUUUCAAGCUUCACAAGGGUGGCUAGCUAAAUGGAAAACCAGGUUUGUUAAACACACUUUUAUAUUUAAAUUUAUAUAA